CUGUUCCAUCUCCUUCAUGUUGUUCCUUCAACCUUGGUCUCUCUCUCUUUCUGUAUUUUACUUUGCUGCUUUGAGUGUGUGUUGUUCUGUUCUUUUUGUGGACCGAAUUGCUCUUGUUCAGAGGUGAGGAAAAUGAUUCUCACAAAGCAAUAUCGUUGCAUACAUUCAGCUAGCUGUCAAUGCACUAAGGGGCAUUUAAGUGAAGAUGUGAUAUUCUUGGUGUUUCAUCAUUUGAAUUGGAACCCCAAGCUAAUUGCUACUCUUUCAUGUGUGUGCAAAUGGUUUGAUGAUCUUGCCAAGAGAGUUCUAUGGAAAGAGUUUUGUCGAACAAGAGCUCCUAAGAUGAUGCUUGAUCUGCAAUCUAGUGGAAGCCACAGUAUUGAUGGGAACUGGAGGGCCUUAGGGAAGCUGCUUAUAUUCUGUUCAGGAUGCAAGAAAGGUGGCUUGUUCAAUAAAGUUCCAAGUCCUGGGCAUUUUGCUCACCGGACUCGAUUUUCUAGAACAUCAGGAAAAAGCUUUCUUAUGCCACAAUGCAUAAAUGAUGUUUUAUAUGUGUCUGAUCCUUGUGAGCAUCUUGACGAAGGUGAAGAAGGAGAUUUAGGAUUCUUCCGUGGGAUUUUCAAGUCAUUUUCAACAUCAAAUGUCAGGAGGAUGCUUAUCAAGAAAGGUGCUCAGCUCCAUCAAACAGAGGUUUGUCCUUAUUGUAAGGCAAAGCUGUGGAGCUUGCUGCAGGCUAAUAUGAUUCCACAAAGUGCUAGUUGCAGGUUGGGUUCCUAUGAAGAUUGUAUUGAGUAUUAUGUGUGCCUUAAUGGUCACUUGCUUGGGGUUUGUACCUUGUUACCAUUGUCUGAUUCAGAAGAUGCAUCUGAGAAGGAGUAAGAUAUUAGUGAUCUCAGAUUGGCUUUCAGUCCUCACAGGAAAAGUUAAACACGCUGCUGGUAUGCUCAUGGGUAAAAUCCUGCUCAGCAGCAGAUGAAAUGUUCCAUUAUGUUUUAAAACUGUACCCUUAUGCUUGAUGUUGCUGUCUCAAUUCGUGCCAGCAUUUUCCACAAAGAUUAUAAAUAAUACCAACAACUUUUUAUUUUAAUGAAUCAGAUACAAGGUUGUUACUGUGAACUAUGGGAUAUAACUUGUUACUAUGUAUAUUGAUGUGUGGAUAUCUGACCUGGGUAACAGAUUUGGUUAUGCAAUAACUCAUACUUGUU